AUGACCAGCAUCCUCCAAAUUAACAUUGGAGUGUGCAGAGCGGCGCAGGACCUUGCAAUGGCAACUGCCAAUGCGAAGGCGAUAGACCUCCUAGUUAUAAGCGAACAGUACCGGGAUAAGGACGAGAAUGACGGAUGGUACGCAGACGCGAGCGGAAGGGCGGCUGUUGCGGUCUUGGGAAGGCACCAACUCGACACAAUCGGGCCACGUCUGCCAGGCUUCAGGUGGAUCGAAAUGAAUGGCUUCCGCCUGUACAGUUGUCAUUGCUCCCCCAACGUACCAUUCACCGAGUUCGAGACGUUCUUGAGGAGACUUGAAUCCAGUGUCAGGGAAGCGCUGUGCCCAGUCAUUGUUGCCGGUGACUUCAACUCAAAGUCACAGGAAUGGGGCAGCCCCAGAGAGGACGCCAGAGGAAAAGCGUUGGCUGACCUCACUGCAUCCUUAGGACUAACUACAUGCAACCGGGGCAAUGCGCCGAUUUUCGUGAGAGGCGCCUCGGAGUCCCACCUUGACCUAACCUUUGCGUCGAAUUCCGCUGCGUCCCAGGUGCGAGAUUGGAACGUUCUCGACGAGGAGUCCCUUAGCCUCCACAAGUAUAUUGGGUAUACCAUUGGCGCGACACGGAAGCAACACCUGAAGCCGACCCAUAAUGGAUGGGCUUUUAGGAAGCUCGACCGUGUUAAACUCAAAGAGUCGUUGACCCAGGUUGUAGACGUGACCAACCAGGAACCCAAAGAAGCAUGCAACACGACCAUCCGGUGGUUGACUAAGGCAUGCGACGCUAGUAUGCCUAAAUCGGGCGACAACAAACGUCGGCCGGUUCCGUGGUGGAAUCCAGAUAUAGCGGAACAGAGGAAGAAGUGCCUCCGAUCCCGUAGGGCUUAUACCAGAAAGAGGAAGAAAACGGAUACAGCUGGAUGCGCGGUCGAGCUAGAAACCUUCAGACAUGAAAGGAAAACUUUGUCUGCCAUGAUCCUGGCUGCAAAGGAGGAAAAUUGGAGGAGGAAAAUUGGAAAGGCAUUUGCGAGCUUGUGGACAGCGAUCCCUGGGGCAACCCGUACCAAAUAG